AUGGUUGAAGUAUGCUACAUAAUUGGAAAAGAAUCAUGGCACAAUCCCGACCAUGCCAUCAUCGAGACGCUGCGUCAACGUGCCGAUGACGAUAAAAACGAUAAGGCCGUCAAGGAUCUGGUGAUCCUGCUGUUCGAGACUGCUCUGCUGUCGUCCGGAUUCUCGCUGGAUGAGCCCGGAACCCACGCCGCGCGCAUCUACCGCAUGGUCAAGCUUGGCCUGGGCAUCGAUGAGGACGAGCCGAUGACGACGGAUGAUGCCGGAGUUGCCCCGGCGCCCUCAACCGCUGCCGGCGAUGCGCCUCCGCUCGUUGACGACUCCGAGGAUCUCUCGCACAUGGAGGAAGUCGAUUAAAUCGGCACGCUCUGUGACUUGCAUUAUACGGAGGAGCUCUUUUCCGCUCAAUCCAUUAGCGAUAUAAAAACAAAAACCACGCCAGUCUCUAGGUUUACUUACAAAUGCGAUUCCAAAGGCUGAAAUUCUUUGAACCUAAUAUGCAACAAAAAUAGGAUUUUGAUAAGUGAUGGUACCUACUCUAACCCACGGGAGAUGAAUUGCACCAGCAAUAGCAGCAUUGGAAAGUUAGUGCUGACAGAAGGAGAACUUAUAAUAUUCCGAUUAGUAUUAUCGCGAUGUGUUAUUGUUGUUGCGAUUCAUUAUCUGUAACUUGUUUGUAUCUUACUAUUAAAACGGUUUUAAGUUCAACCGCGUUAUAGCGGAAUAUCAACGUCAAAUAAAGAGAAUUACA